UUAAGAAGAAAAGAGAGAAAAGGACUUAUUUCAGCCAUGACUGGAUUUUGAGAUUACUAUAAUUAAUUUAUUUUCACUCAAUCAGACCCGUUUCCUUAAAAUCCCUUUCUAUACCUAAUUAUUUACACCAAUUUUCCAUCUCUUUCAAACGGGAAAUAACUUGUAAAUCCACACACAUACGUAUACGCGUACAGAAGAUGAUGCCACCGAGGAGGCCGAUCCAGGCCGUGGUGACAUGGGUUCGGCGGCAGCCGCCCAAGGUGAAGGCGUUUCUUGCGGUAAUCAGCGGCAUGGCUGCGCUUGUUCUCAUCCGCGCAAUCGUUCACGAUCAUGACAAUCUUUUUGUUGCUGCCGAGGCUGUGCACUCGAUCGGAAUUUCCGUUCUUCUUUACAAGUUGAUGAAGGAGAAGACUUGCGCGGGGCUUUCACUCAAAUCCCAGGAGCUAACAGCUAUCUUUUUGGCUGUUAGAUUAUAUUGCAGUUUUGUCAUGGAAUAUGACAUACAUACCGUGCUUGACAUGGCUACACUGGCUACUACGGCGUGGGUUAUUUAUUUGAUCCGAUUUAAAUUGAAGUCAAGUUAUAUGGAGGAUAAAGACAAUUUUGCGCUAUAUUAUGUGGUGGUUCCUUGUGCUAUUUUAGCUUUGCUAAUUCACCCAUCUACAUCACAUCACUUCGUCAAUAGGAUUGCCUGGGCUUUCUGUGUCUACCUGGAAGCUGUUUCAGUGCUUCCACAACUGCGCGUCAUGCAGAACACUAAGAUUGUUGAACCGUUCACGGCUCAUUAUGUAUUUGCACUUGGUGUUGCGAGGUUCUUGAGCUGUGCCCACUGGGUCCUUCAGGUUUUGGACAGUCGUGGUCAUCUCCUCGUGGCAUUGGGUUACGGACUUUGGCCUUCAAUGGUUCUUAUAUCAGAAAUUGUUCAAACCUUCAUACUCGCCGACUUUUGCUAUUACUAUGUAAAAAGUGUUUUUGGAGGUCAGCUUGUGUUGCGCCUUCCGUCUGGAGUGGUGUAAUUAGUGGUCUCGUACAAGAAGCUAAAUCUACUUGUUUUCAGUGCACUUGAGGGGUUGCCUGUGGGCUGGUUCUUCAGCAGAAAGCUACUGCAUUGCAAGUUUGGUAGUUCAGGCAGAUUGGAUAAUUUAAAAUCGACCUCAACUCACAAGAAAUCAUAUUGGCCUAAUUGUAUCUGGUACUUAUUUGGUUUUAGAGAGUGGAUUUCAUUGUAAUUCAGUACGCAUAGAGCCCCGUGGUGUGAAAAUAGUGAUAUCGAUUCCAAUUUUAGCACUUGACAUUGUAGUUCAUUUUCUCCCUCUCCUCUUGUUUUAUCUUAAUAGUUGCCUGUUUGCCUCUUGGUCGCA